CGACCUGGGGAGCGAGCUGGAGGGACCUGGGGAACGUGCUGAGACCUCUCGUUCGAGUACGAGGGACCUCCCACCGGGAUGCCUGGGGAGCAGAUGGACCCUACUGGAAGUCAUUUGGAUUCAGAUUUCUCUCAGCAAGAUACCCCUUGCUUGAUAAUUGAAGAUUCUCAGCCUGAAAACCAGGUUCUAGACGAUGAUUCUGGUUCUCACUUCAGCGUGCUAUCUAGACACCUUCCCAAUCUACAGUCACACAAAGAGAACCCUGUAUUGGAUGUUUUGUCCAAUCCUGGACAGACAGCUGGGGAAGAACAAGGAGAAAGUAAUAGUGGCUUCAAUGAACAUUUGAAAGAAAGCAAGACUGCAGAGCCUCUGGAUUCUUCUCAUCUGGAUACAAGUGGUUCUGUUAGCCAGGUCAUUGAACAGUUGCCUCAGCCAAACAAGACAUGCAGUGUUCUGGGAAGAUCAGUGGAACCUGAAUCUGUAGGGGAAGAGAAAGAAGAAGAAAAGGUGGAAGAGAAGGAAAAAGAAGAGAAAGAAGAAGAUACUCCAGAUGGUACCUCGCAGUCCAUAGGGGAAGAAGAUCCUGCCUCAUCGCAGUUGGGCUUUGGAGUUUUAGAGCUCUCCCAGAGCCAGGAUCUUGUGGAGCAUACUGUGCCCUUGGAAGUGGACAAAGAGCCCGUACAGUCAGCAACUAUUGACUCUGGUUAUACAAAGCUGUCUCAUGUGGAUGCUACUACCAUUGCAACUAAACAUGGAGAACAGACCACUGAAGAUAUCUCCAUGGCAGAAUCACCCAACAUGGAUGUUCCCAUUGUAGGAGAGCCCAGUAAGGAUACACAUGUAGUAGAAGAGAAAAAUUCAUCACUUGCAAGGCCAGAGGACAUGCCUCUUCAUCCCAAAGUAUCUUUGGCUACUGUGGAAGCAAGAGAAGAGAUUCCUGCUCGGGAGCUUCUCAAAGGUGAACCACAGAUUCAUAAAUCACCAGAGCCUGAGAUUUUGUCAACUCAGGAAGACUUGUUUGACCAGAGCAAUAAAACAGUAAUCUCUGAUGGUUGCUCAACUCCUUCAAGGGAGGAAGGUGGAUGUUCUCUGGCCUCUACACCUGCCACUACUUUGCACCUCCUGCAGCUGUCUGGUCAGCAGUCUCUUGUUCAGGAGAGUCUUUCUACGAAUUCCUCAGAUCUUGUUGCUCCUUCCCCUGAUGCUUUUCGAUCUACCCCUUUUAUCGUUCCUAGCAGCCCCACAGAGCAAGGAGAGAGAAAAGAUGAGCCAAUGGACAUGUCUGUGUUACCUGAGGAGAAAGGAGAGCCUUGUCAGAAGAAAAGCAGUGAUGAGCCAAUAGAGAUAGAAAACCAGCCCGAGCCCUCUGUGUUACCACAAGCCUCAACACCAGUAUCUCAGAGCACACCAGUCUUUACGCCUGGGCCACUUCUUGUCCCAUCUCAACCUGAAUUUUCUCAUGAUAUUUUUAUCCCAUCUCCAAGUUUGGAAGAAGGAUCAAAUGAUGGGAAGAAAGAUAGAGACUUGAAUAAUUCAUCUUUGACUGUUGAAUGUUCAAAAACUUCAGAGAUUGAACCAAAGAAUUCCACUGAGGAUCUUGGACUUUCUCUGACGGGGGAUUCUUGUAAAUUGAUGCUUUCUGCAAGUGAAUGUAGUCAGUCUCCAAACAAGGAGGACUUGACUUCUCACAGCAUUGUUGAAGAUGGAGAAAAUACACAGAUUGAGGAUACUGAGCCCAUGUCUCCAGUUCUCAAUUCUAAACUUGUACAUAAUGAAAAUGAGAGCGUCAUUAUGAAUCCAGGACAGGAUAGUCAAGUAGAACUUGAUGAUAAUGAUGAUAAAACAAAAGAGGAUACGGAGGCCAGAGAUGACAUUAGUAUUUUAGCUACUGAUUGCAAAGACAAAGAAGAGACUGCAGCAGAAGACAUUUGUAUUGAUCUCACUUGUGAUUCAGGAAGUCAGGCAGUUCCUUCUCCAGCUACUCGAUCUGAGGCACUGUCUAGUGUGUUAGACCAGGAGGAAGCUAUUGAAAUUAAAGACCACCAUCCAGAGGAAGGGUCUUCAGGGUCUGAGGUGGAAGAAAUCCCUGAGACUCCUUGUGAAAGUCAGCGAGAAGAAACCAAAGAAGAAAAUGGAAGUACUCCAUUUCACCUUUCUUUGACAGAAACUCAAUCCCAAGGGUUGUGUCUUCAAAAUAAAAUUUCAGAACAAGAAUGUCAGGAAGCUAUGGAAGUUGAAACCAACGUAAUUAGUAUUGAUUCUCCACAGAAGCUGCCAGUGCUUGACCAAGAAUUGGAACACAAGGAUCAGGAAGCGUGGGAAGAGGCUACUUCAGAGGACUCAAGUGUUGUUAUUGUAGAUGUGAAGGAUCCAUCGCCUAGAGUUGAUGUUUCUUGUGAACCUUUGGAGGGAGUGGAGAAGUGCUCAGAUUCCCAGUCUUGGGAGGAUGUUGCUCCAGAAAUAGAACCAAAUCCUGAGAAUAGAGUAGAUACCCAGGAGGAAAAGAAUGCAGAAUUUGAAGAUCAGCUAAAAUCAGUAACUGCAGAAAAGGAACCUGUAGAAGAGAUUCCUUUGCAUUCAGUGAGAGCAAAUGAUACUUUGAGACCUGAGCAGAAAAUGCAGGAUAUCCAACCUCAAGAGAAAACAGAGUGUGUAUUAAAAGAAAAGUCUAAAAUGCCUGAUAUAAAGCCUUUGGACUCUGUGGUAGAGUCUCAGCAACUGGACAAAGCAUCUACCCAUGCCUCAGAAAGCUUCUGUGAAAGCUCUAGUGAAACUCCGUUUCAUUUCACUUUGCCUAAACAAGGUGAUACUAUUCCACCCUUGACUGGCGCAACUCCACCGCUCAUUGGGCAUCUUAUUAAAUUGGAGCCCCAGAGACACAGCACUCCUAUUGGUAUUAGCAAAUACCCAGAGAGCACUGUACCAUCCAAUGAUGUCAUGUCUGAAAGCAUGGUAGAGAACAAUGAUCCCAUCCUUGGGAAUGAAAAAGGAGAUUCUGAGGCUGCCCCAGAAACAGAUGACAAAUUAUGCUUAAGAAUGAAACUAGUCAGCCCAGAAACCGAGCCUAGUGAAGAGUCUUUGCAGUUUAGCUUGGAAAAGCCUCUAACUGGUGAAAGAAAAACUGCUGUUGCUGAAGCUGUUGCCAGUCCCCAGAAGACCACGUCUGCAUUUAGCUGUGACUGUGAAACCAGGCAAGACGACGUACAAAGUCAAGAUCCUCCCUCUGUACCAACCAGAGGAAACUUGCUCCAUUUGCCAAAUACUCAAGAAAAAAUGGAUAAGGAAAAAUUGGAAGAUGACCAAAGAAACAGGCAGAGUCAACAGCCUUUGCAGCUCAUCGGUGUUGCCGAAGACUCUGCUUCCCCUACCCCUCAGCAGAUGGCCACACAGAGCCUACCCAGUCCUCAAGGUGAAGCCAUGGAGACUGAUGUCCCAGAAGACCAGAAAGGAGGACAGAAUAACAAUCAGGAAAUACUCAGCAAGGCCUUGAUUCAAAAACCCAGCCAAAAUAACAUAGGAAUCCAGACCAUGGAGCAUUCCCUGUGCGCCCCAGAAACAGUUUCAGCAGCAACUCAGACUGUAAAGAAUGUUUGUGAUCAGGGGACCAGUACAGUAGACCAAAACUCUGGAAAACAAGAUGCCACUGUUCAAACUGAGAAGGGGAGUGGUGAGAAACUAGCCAGUGUGGCUGGGGAUGAUACAGAGUCACUCCAUAGCCAGGGAGAGGAAGAAUUUGAUAUGCCUCAGCCUCCACAUGGCCAUGUCUUGCAUCGUCACAUGCGAACGAUCCGUGAAGUGCGCACGCUUGUCACUCGUGUCAUUACAGAUGUUUAUUAUGUGGAUGGGACAGAAGUAGAAAGAAAAGUAACUGAGGAGACUGAAGAGCCAGUGGUAGAAUGUCAGGAGUGUGAAACAGAAGUUUCCCCUUCACAGACCGGGGGCUCCUCAGGGGACCUGGGGGAUAUCAGCUCAUUCUCCUCCAAAGCAUCCAGCUUACACCGCACAUCAAGUGGGAGUCUCUCAGCCAUGCACAGCAGUAGCAGCUCAGGGAGAGGAACCGGACCACUCAAAGGGAAAACCAGCGGGACAGAACCCGCAGAUUUUGCCUUACCCAGCACUCGAGGCGGCCCAGGAAAACUGAGUCCUAGAAAAGGGGUCAGUCAGACAGGGGCGCCAGUGUGUGAGGAGGAUGGUGAUGCAGGCCUUGGCAUCAGACAGGGAGGGAAGGCUCCAGUCACGCCUCGUGGGCGCGGGCGAAGGGGCCGCCCGCCUUCUCGGACCACUGGAACCAGAGAAACAGCUGUACCUGGCCCCUUGGGCAUAGAAGAUAUUUCACCCAACAUGUCACCAGAGGACAAAUCCUUCACUCGUAUUGUGCCCCGAGUACCAGACUCCGCUAGACGAGCAGACACAAGUGCUAGUGUUCUGCAACGCAGUGACUCUCCAGAGAUUCCUUUUCAGGCUGCUGCUGGCCCCUCAGAUGGCUUAGAUACUUCCUCUCCAGGGAACAGCUUUGUAGGGCUUCGUGUUGUAGCCAAGUGGUCAUCCAAUGGCUAUUUUUACUCUGGGAAAAUCACACGUGAUGUUGGAGCUGGGAAGUAUAAAUUACUCUUUGAUGAUGGGUACGAGUGUGAUGUGUUGGGCAAAGACAUUCUCUUGUGUGAUCCCAUCCCGCUGGAUACUGAAGUGACGGCCCUCUCAGAGGAUGAGUAUUUCAGUGCAGGAGUGGUGAAAGGGCAUAGGAAGGAGUCUGGGGAGCUGUACUACAGCAUUGAAAAAGAAGGUCAACGGAAGUGGUAUAAGCGAAUGGCUGUCAUCCUGUCCUUGGAACAAGGCAAUAAACUGAGAGAGCAAUAUGGGCUUGGUCCAUAUGAGGCAGUAACACCCCUCACCAAAGCAGCAGAUAUAAGCUUAGACAAUUUGGUGGAAGGGAAGCGGAAACGACGCAGUAACAUUAGCUCCCCAGUCACUCCUACUGCCUCCAGUAGCAGCAGCACAACUCCUACCCGUAAGAUCACAGAAAGCCCUCGUGCCUCCAUGGGAGUUCUCUCAGGCAAAAGAAAACUUAUAAUUUCUGAAGAAGAAAGAUCCCCUGCCAAGCGCGGCCGAAAGUCAGCCACUGUGAAACCUGGUACAGUGGGGGCAGGGGAGUUUGUGAGCGCCUGUGAGAGUGGAGACAAUUUGGGUGAACCUUCUGCCCUGGAAGAGCAGAGAGGGCCUUUGCCCCUCAACAAGACUUUGUUUCUGGGCUAUGCCUUUCUCCUCACCAUGGCUACAACCAGUGACAAGUUGGCUAGCCGUUCCAAACUGCCAGAUGGCCCUUCAGGAAGCAGUGAGGAAGAAGAAGAGUUUUUAGAAAUCCCUCCUUUCAAUAAGCAUUAUACAGAAUCCCAGCUUCGUGCAGGAGCUGGCUAUAUCCUUGAAGACUUCAAUGAAGCCCAGUGUAACACCGCCUAUCAGUGUCUCCUAAUUGCGGAUCAGCACUGUCGAACUCGGAAGUACUUCCUGUGCCUUGCCAGUGGGAUUCCUUGUGUCUCUCACGUCUGGGUCCAUGAUAGUUGUCAUGCCAACCAACUCCAGAACUACCGCAAUUAUUUGUUGCCAGCUGGUUAUAGCCUUGAAGAACAAAGAAUUCUGGAUUGGCAACCCCGAGAAAACCCUUUUCAGAAUCUAAAGGUACUCUUGGUAUCAGAUCAACAACAGAACUUUCUGGAGCUCUGGUCUGAGAUCCUCAUGACUGGAGGGGCAGCCUCUGUGAAGCAACACCAUUCAAGUGCCCAUAAUAAAGAUAUUGCUUUAGGAGUCUUUGAUGUGGUGGUGACAGAUCCCUCAUGCCCUGCCUCAGUGCUGAAGUGUGCUGAAGCAUUGCAGCUUCCUGUGGUGUCACAAGAGUGGGUGAUCCAAUGCCUCAUUGUUGGAGAUAGAAUUGGAUUCAAGCAACACCCAAAAUAUAAACAUGAUUAUGUUACUCGCUAA